UUCAUAUCGAGUUAAUUCAUUCAUAGAGUGUUACCAUAUGAAAGAGAAGGACAAAAAAUUAGAUCGUAGCGGAGGGGAAAAUAGUAGGAGUAGUUGUAAGGGUUAUGUUAGGUUAGAAACGUUACGGCGUAUCGUUAAGAGGUUAUGAGACGUCGCGUAUUACUUCGCAAGGGAUUUUUACAUUACAACUUACUGAAAUACGCUUUCGUAGUUAAAUUAUAAAGAGAAAUAAUAGAAAUAUGUCUGUAGAUACAAAUACCGUGUCGUUCACUACAGCACCAGGCUUCUGUCCACAAUGUGGAUCAAUUCUUCCUUUGCUGGAUGAAAAAGGCCUUGUAUCUUGUUAUUGCUGCAAACGAAACUGGGGACCUCAAGUAUUCGGUAACAUGGCUAUGUCUUAUACUAUUCAUUUUCAAUCAAAGAAUGCUUACACUCGUUUAAAAGUAACCGAUGAGAACGAUGAGGAUGGUGAUGGUCCAAUAGUUGAACGUCGAUGUCCGCAGUGUCAAAAUGAAAAAAUGUCAUAUGCAACAUUGCAAUUAAGAUCAGCCGAUGAAGGACAAACUGUGUUUUACACAUGUACUAAGUGCAAAUUCAAAGAAACAGAAAAUUCAUGAUUUGAGUAUGUUUUGGGUUUUAGCCUUUUCAAAGUAAAGAAUUAUAAAUAUGGGAGUUUAAUUCAUUUGAAUACAAUUGCACUCUCUUCUAAUAAAACAUAGAAUUUUAUUUAUGAUACAUUCAACAAAUGAUGAAUGAGGAGGGUAUAAGUAUUUUUAUAACUCUACAGGGUCAAUAGUACAAUUUUGUUAUAACAAUAUAUGGGUAUCUUAAUUAAAUGGUAAUUAAGUAAUUUGAUAUAUACAGUAUGUCAGCAUAAAAGGUAACAAUUAUCUUAAUAAAUUCAUUUUGAUCCACUUUUAAAACUGUUAUGACGUAGUGGUCCUUCGAUUAAAAAAUCUUAUUAGUCAUAAAUUUUUUCUUCGAUAAUUCUCCUUCUUUAUACGUCUCAUUUGACGUUAACACACUGUUAGUUGCCCACAUUCUAAUAAUAUUUUAUAAUAGAUAUGCUAUCUUGUGUCACAAGAAAAAGGUUUUCAUAAACUAAUAGAGGAACUUUAUGUGAACUCUGAGUAGUAAAAUUCUAAGAAUUUGAUUUUGUAUUUUAAAAACUUACAUUUGCAAUUUCUUGCGAGGGCAUUCUUAUUAUUGGACUUAUAUAUAGUCAACUUUGUUUCAUAUUAUUAAUACAUAAUA